UUCUUCACUAGGCCCUAAUCUUCACUAGGCCACAGCUAUGUUAUAAAUGGCCACUGCCUGAAGUCCGUCCGUACAUCAGACAUGCAGCACCUUUCACUGGACCUCCUCGGUGCGAUUCGUCCAGGUGCGUGGACCCCAUGUGAUUGCCACACAUUAACCUAAGAGCCAUGGACACGCAAAGGCCGUUCUUUGACCCAGCGAUGUUCAACUUUCUCGGCGACAUAAACUGCACAGAUGUGCCGCCUCGGUGCGUCUUUGGACCCGCUGAAGGCCUCGACGCGCCGAGCCCCUACCACCCGGACCACCACGGACCACGCCAACGCCUGACCUCCGGGAGCGCAGGUGCCCGUGCCCACGGAUUUAGCGAGGGUUCCGCUUCUGCUGAGCCGCCCGUCUAUCGUGGGGGCGCUCAUGGUGGGCGAGUGAAGAGGAAGCGAGUGAUCACCACCGUCCAGCGCCAGGCCGCCAACAUCAGAGAGCGCAAGAGGAUGUUUAGCCUGAACGAGGCGUUCGACGAGCUGCGCAAGAAGGUGCCCACGUUCGCGUACGAGAAGCGGCUCUCCAGGAUCGAAACGCUGCGGCUCGCCAUCGUCUACAUCUCCUUCAUGACGGAGCUGCUGGAAAACUAGGACAUAAUGUUAAAUGUACAGAUAAACUGUGACUUGGCCCCUCCCACUCCUCGCUUCUACGUCACAC